AUGUCAAAAUCAACAAAUAAUUCACGUUUAUCAUCAACAGCUACAACACCUGAUUUAGAUAUAAAUAAUAUUCAAUUACAAAAUUUAAUAGAUGUUCGUAAUCAAACAAAUACAAAUGAUAAACGUUCAAAUAAUGUUAAUUAUGUUCGACAUGUACUACGAAAAUUUUUUGGUGGUUAUAUUAAAAAAUCUAUAUCAAUAAAUUCAACAAUUUGUGAUGAUAAUCUUAAUGAUCAAAUAUUAACAACAAAUAAUAUUAAUGAUAAUUUAAUGUCACCAAUAUUAAUUCCUCCAUGUUUACAAUAUUAUAACUAUGAAAAAUUUUCUGGUGAAUUAUUACUUGAUUGGUUUUUACUUCAUUUUGAAAAUCGUUAUGAAGAUUUAACAUUAAUUAAACAAGUGAUUUUACAAUGUUGUACAUGUUUACUUGGCCUUGAUGUACUUCGAAUAGAAAAUAAUCAAAAUAAUGAUUUAUUUCAAGCACAAAAUUUAUAUUCAUGGACAAAUAAUAAUUUAGACAAUGAAGAUACAGAUAUUAGAUUAUCAUCAUCAACAAUCACCAAUGAUUUUAAUCAUCAUCUGAUCGAAACUAAAGAAUAUAAAUAUAAACCAUCGACAACUACAACCAUUUUGGAUAUUCUUAGAAGUGAAUAUAAUUUUCAUUCUGAUGUUCAACAUAUAGAUACCAAUUCUGUAUCGACACAAGUUAAUCUUAUACAUAGCAUAAAAACAAUUGAAAAAUCCAUACAAACAGAUUCAAGUAUUAUUUCAUCUAAUGAGACAUGUUUAAUUCUUAAUUUCGAUCAAAUGUCAUCAUUUAUUGUAUCAAAAACUGAUUCGAAUAGUAAACCAUCAUCACCGAUAUUACAUCGUAUUGGUGAGAAUACUGUUCGACAAGCUAUGCAAAAAUUAUUUUUACAUGAUAAUUUAAACGAUCCAUUGUCGCCCGGUGUUGAUGACGAUGUUCAUUCACCUGUUUCAUCUUCAAUUUCAUAUAAAAAUAACCAUGCAAAAUUUUCAAGUGAAUUAUUAUUGGAAUGGAUAACACUUAAUGCUGAUACAAGAAAUUCUAGUACACAAGCAUUAGUAGAACAAGUUCAAUCAUGUUUACAUCCAAAUAAUAAUAUCAAUUCAAAUCAUAACGAUCUGAGAAAAGUAUUGAGUUCAUCUGUAUCAACAAAUGAAACUAAAUCACAAUUAUCAUUCGUUAAUAAACAAUUUACAUUACUUCCAUCAUCUUCUUUUGCAUCCGAUCAUAAAAUCAAUGAUGAUAUACGCUCACUUCUGUCAGAUCUCAUUAUUGACAUUGAUAAAAAACCAGCAGAAGCAUCAUCAUCUAUACCAAAUGUUACAUUGCCACCUCCUCCACCACCAUUUAUUGCUUCUACCAUGCCACCGCCACCACCACCACUCCCAUCAAUAAUGGGUUCUGGUAUUCCUCCACCUCCACCUCCAAUGAUGCCAGGAUUUGGUGCUCCUCCACAAUUACCACAAUAUCUAUGUAAGAAACAAAAAUAUUCUGUUACAGAACCAGUUAAAAAAGUUCAAUGGAGUAAAAUCAAUCCAUAUACGAUAAAAAAGGAAUCCAUUUGGGUUAAUGUCGAUGAAGCAAAAUAUGUCAAUGAUACACUUUUUUCUGAUAUACGAAAAAAUUUUGCAAGCAAAGUAGCUCCAAGUAGACAACCAAUUAAUGAUCUUGUUGAUAAAUCUAAAGAAUUACGUGUACUCGAUGCUAAAGCUGCACAAAAUUUCGCAAUCAUGUUUAGUCAAUUAAAAGUUUCACCAUCCGUAUUUCGUGAAUGGAUGCUUUCAUGUGAUAAUGAAAAUUUAAAAUAUGAUUUUCUUAAACAAUUAGAAAAAUAUUUACCAACAAGUGAAGAAUUAAAAAUAUUAGCUGAUUAUAAAAAUGAAAAUAAUGAUUUACAAUAUUCUGAACAGUAUUUUUGUGCAAUCGGUGAUAUAAAACGAUUAAAACAACGUUUAAAAACACUUUUAUUCAAAGCAAAUUAUAAAGAAACAGUAGAAGAAACAGAUAAAGCAUUUGUCGAAGUUCGUAAUGCAUGUGAUCAUGUUCGACAUUCAAUACGUUUUAAAAAAAUGCUUGAAUUAAUAUUAACAAUAGGAAACUAUAUGAAUUCAAGUGCUAAAUCUUAUGAACCUGUACAUGGAUUUGAUAUUAGUUUUUUACCUAAAUUACAUUCAACAAAAGCUAAUGAUGGUCGUCGUUCAUUACUUCAUUUUAUUGUACAAGCUAUUGAAGAUAAACAUCGUGAUUUACUUUCAUUUUCUGAUGAAUUUUAUUUACUUGCUGAUGGUGUAUCAAAAAUUAAUAUACUUGAACUUCAAAAACAACCACAAGAAAUUAAUCGAGAAUUAAAAAAUGCUCGAGAAGAAUUAGCUAUUGCAAAAGAAAAUGAAGAACCAAUUGAAGGAGAUCGAUUUGCUGAGGCUAUUGAAGAUUUUAUAAUACGUGCUGAUGAUGAUGUUGCUCGAUUGGAACAACUUGAUCAAGAAAUGACAAAUGCAUAUCAAAAUUUAUGCGAUUUCUUAGCUAUUGAUCCAAAAAAUUAUUCACUUACAGAAUUUUUUACUGAUCUUAAAUUAUUUUGUACUUUUUUUUCGACUUGUCUUCAAGAAAUUCGAGUAUGGCGUGAACAAGCCGCACGUGCAGCUAAAACAUCGUAA